AUGGAACUGACCAUUGCCGACGGCAGAAGAGACUUUGCCGGUAUGGACGCAGUCGUGUUCCGCUUCACCAGGGGCCUCGUUCCGUGGCGUCCGCUCCCGGCUGACAAGAACCCCGGCCAGGCCUGGGUGUGCUUUUCGUGGGAGUCCCCCAGUUCGAUGGUGCAGGAAGACAGGGUGGCCGAGUUGCCCGUCCACGCCACCUGGACCUACUAUCGCGGCUCCGAAAUCACCACCCCGUACGGCUUCUACAAGCCCGGCAAACCUGUGUCCAGCCGGAGGAAGCCGGCACACGAGUGGGUGAAGGGCAAGACGAGGCUGAUUGCGUGGAUGUCCAGCAACUGCAAGGGCACUUUCUGGCCCCGGACAGACUUUGUCCGGGAGUUGCAGAGGUACGUUCAAGUGGAUGCAUACGGAACCUGUGGGGACCUGAAGUGUCAGCCGGCCUGGUCGGCGAAGUGCAACAGGGACCUGCUCCGAGAGUACAAGUUUUAUCUGUCCCUGGAGAACUCUGAGUGCGAGGACUACAUCACCGAAAAACUCUGGAAUAAGCCCCUCUUGCAGGGAGUGGUCCCUGUUGUCUAUGGCCCCAGACGGGAAAUCUACGAGGAACUACUGCCACCAAAUUCAUUCAUCUACAUCGGCGAUUAUAAAAAUGUGAAGGAGCUGGCCGACUAUUUGAAAGUCCUGAACCACAGAACCGAGCUGUACGCCCAGUACUUGCAAUGGCAGUACCGCGGCAGCGUGGAAGUGUUGAAGCCCAUGCACGGAUCCUACGAUCCGUCCAUCUUCUGCAAUCUCAUACCAGUUAUCCGGCGAGUGAAACGGGGUGAGAUGAAACGGAGGCCAGUGAAAGAGAGCAGCUUUGCACAUUCUUGCCGGAGUAAUGAAACGUUUGAUUCAAAUUUUGGUCUCGAUAAUUGGAACCCUUGGUAAUCGUCCUCUAGCUGUUGGCGCGCCUGUGAGCUCUUGCGAAAUCCCUGCAAAACUAAGUUUGGUCACAAUUUGAUCCUUAUUUAUCUUUUUAUUUUUACUUAAUUGAAAAACAAAAAAAACAGGAGACAGUGUACACUGAUUUCCU